ACAAGAUAUAUAAAUUAUAAUUGUAUAAAUAAUUAAUUUAAAGUAAUUAAUUUAAUAUACAAUUUGUAAUUGUGUAAAAAUACACAUAUGGGCUAUUAUUAUAAUGGAUAUAAAACAGAAAAUUAUACAAAGAUUCAACGAAGAAAUGGGAUCAAGUUUGAAAGGACUUGAUAAUAUAAAACAUUUUCAUGAGUGUCUCCAAACAGAAAAAGAUGAAAUUGAAAAAUCUUUAUCCAUGGCAUCAAGUGAAGCCCCUUCAAAAGUCAAAGCAGCUGUACAGAAUGUCGAGCAUAUUACUAUGGAAUUUGAGAAAUUACAAAUUUUUGCAAUAGAAGUUCACAAUAAUAUUCAAGAAUCAAUGCAAGAAAAUAGUGAAAAUUCAGAAGUACAAGAAGUUAUUGAUAAGAUAGGUCAGUUGGAUAAGUGCCUAUCAUAUCUAAAUUUUAUAAAAUGUAUUGAGGAUAUCAGUGAUGAAAUAGAAAAUUCGUUGUUAUCAGCUGAUGAUGAAUCUGUUAUCACAUUAUAUACAAAUCUUUCCGAAAUUAGUUGUCAAUUGCAAUCAUCGUCUUGUCACCAUCUUGUAAAUUAUGUGAGAGAGACGUUACAUUUUUGGCAUAAUUUAAUUAAAGAAAAAUUAUCAAAGGAAUAUAAUGAUGUUUUAAAAAGUUUGAAAUGGCCUUUCUGUGGAACUAAUGCAAACAUAGUAAUUACAUCUUUACCUGAAACUAUUACUAGAUUUAAAAUACUUACAGAAUACCUAUUACAUCUACAACUACCGGAUGAAACUAUAAAACCUGUAGUAACAUCCGCUCUUCUGACUGAUUUUGCAUCUGUGUGCUUACCUAUUACUCUACUAGUGCGCCCAUUGAGGCAGAGAUUUAUUUAUCAUUUUACAGGUAGUAAAUUGACAAAUCGACAAGAUAAACCAGAAUGGUUUUUUACUCAGAUACUUACAUGGAUCAAAGAUCAUGUUCAGUGGAUACAAAAAUUUAUUCAACCUGUAGCAAAUUCUAUUGGCUUCAAUCAUAUAGAUGUGAAGGCUGAAUUUAUGCGUGCAUUGGUACAAUUGGCUGUUGAAAAAUUGCAUUCCGAAUUAGCAAUAGCACAGCACGAUGAUGCUUUAUUUGCUCAUUUAAUAGAUGAAGCUCUUGGAUUUGAAAGAGAACUUAGAGAAACAUUAUUAUAUCCAUCUUCUCAACCAGCUACUGUAUUUAUAUUAACACAAGCUCAUAUAUUUGUAAAGUGGAUUAAUAUGGAAAAAAAAUAUGCCACAGAAAAAAUGGAUGCAAUAUUAAACUCAAACACAGCCUGGGAAAUUUUAUCAGGACCCGAUGUAAAUGACAUGAAAGAAACAGAAUGUGCCAACGCUUUUCUUACACUUUUAACAACAAUCUCUGAUAGAUACAAACAUUUACCUCAACCAGGACACAGAUUACAGUUUCUUGAACUACAAUUAGAAUUAAUUGAUGAUUGGAGAGUAAGAUUAUUACAAUUAUUACAUGAAGAUUGUGUAGAUCCAUUAGCAUCUCUUAUGCCACGUAUACUCAAUACAUUACAUUAUGUUGCAAAUGUUUUAGACGAAUGGGGUGUAACUGUGCACUUUUUGCAACUUCAUUUCUUCAAAAAACAAUUUGAAGCAAUAGAAUGCGCUACAGAUGAAGGUAAAGAUGUUACUGAACAUAUUGGAGAAAUAGAAGGAACAAUAUUUGAUGAAGCUGUAGCUUUAUUACGAAGACUAGAAAAAGAGUUAGUUAAUGAAAUCAGUGAUUCAGUAGCUUUGGAUGUGAAAGCAAAAAGUAGACCUUAUAGAACAGAUAAAUGGUUUGCAAUGCAAUCUGCAAAAGAAGUUGCUUCACUGUCAGUAACUCCUAGUGGUUGUCCCAUGUUUCAAGAAUUAGGUACAAGACUCCACGUAUUACAUGAAGCACUUGCUUUACCAUUAUUUCAUCAAGCUUGGAAACAAUUAGCUUUUCAAUUUGAUCAGUUUCUCUUAGAGGAGGUUGUCAUGGUAAAUCAUUUUAACACAGGAGGUGCAGAACAAUUACAAUACGAUAUUUUUAGGAAUUUGUUCCCUCUUUUUGGCCUAUAUAUUAGCAAACCAGAAUCGUUUUUCCCAUUAAUUAAGGAGGCUUGUGUUUUACUUAACAUAUUGAUGGGAUCUGCAAUGUUACUUUUGGAUGCACUCAACACAAGUGAUGAAGAUACAGCAAAGGAAAUACUCGCAGAUGUUGGUAUUCAUAAAAUGUCUUCUGAUGUAGCUAUAAAAAUAAUUCAGUCAAGAACAGAUGUGAUCUAUGAAUAAUAAAUAUGUUUUAUUUAAUAUCUUUUGUAAAAAGUAUAUUUGCUAUAUAGAUCCAAAUUUUUAAUAUCAUUUUUUUUUUAUAUUUUUGCAACUUUGAGAUUUAUUCAGCCUUUCUUCUUAUAGUUGGGUGUAAUAUCUCGACAAUUUUAUUUAAUGUUAUUAAGAUCAACACAAUAACGUUAUUCCUCCAUUAUCUGCACCUAGCAGCAAUAAUCGAUUAAGAGGAAGUAUGGAAAUAGCAGUAAGGACUCCUUUAAAGGCAUCGGAUUUGAGCUUGGAUGAAGAAAAUGGAGCAUUUAUAUCUACAGACGUAUAAACACCUAUCCGAUUUGCUGUUGUUCCUAUUAUCAACCCUCGUUCAUAAGUUGCCAUGCAAUGAACUGGCUCAGUAGUGCCUCUAAAAACGUAAAAACUUAUAUUUAAUAAUAUAUGAUACUAUAUUCUAUUUUAAUAUAUUUUUAGAAUUUCUAUAAUA